GCCGCCGGCCCCUCCCUGCCCGCGCGCGGCCGCCCACUCGCCGGCGCGGGGCCCGGGAGCGAUGACAUCGACGGGGAAGGACGGCGGCGGGGCGCAGCACGCGCAGUAUGUGGGGCCCUACCGGCUGGAGAAGACGCUGGGCAAGGGGCAGACAGGCCUCGUGAAGCUGGGCAUCCACUGUGUCACGUGCCAGAAAGUCGCCAUCAAGAUCGUCAACCGAGAGAAGCUCAGCGAGUCUGUGCUGAUGAAGGUGGAGCGGGAGAUUGCCAUCCUGAAGCUCAUUGAGCACCCACACGUCCUGAAGCUGCAUGACGUCUAUGAGAACAAAAAAUAUUUGUACCUGGUGCUGGAGCACGUGUCCGGCGGGGAGCUGUUCGACUACCUGGUGAAGAAGGGGCGGCUAACGCCCAAGGAGGCCCGGAAGUUCUUCCGGCAAAUCAUCUCGGCGCUGGAUUUCUGCCACAGCCACUCCAUAUGCCACAGGGACCUGAAGCCUGAGAACCUGCUGCUGGAUGAAAAGAACAACAUUCGAAUCGCAGACUUCGGCAUGGCAUCCCUACAGGUCGGCGACAGCCUGCUGGAGACCAGCUGCGGAUCCCCUCACUACGCAUGCCCGGAGGUGAUCCGGGGGGAGAAGUAUGACGGGCGCAAGGCGGACGUGUGGAGCUGCGGUGUGAUCCUGUUCGCCCUGCUGGUGGGGGCACUGCCCUUCGAUGAUGACAACCUGCGGCAGCUGCUGGAGAAGGUCAAGCGGGGUGUGUUCCACAUGCCGCACUUCAUCCCGCCCGACUGCCAGAGCCUGCUGCGCGGCAUGAUUGAAGUGGACGCGGCUCGGCGCCUCACGCUAGAGCACAUUCAGAAACACAUAUGGUAUAUAGGGGGCAAAAACGAGCCAGAGCCAGAGCAGCCCAUCCCGCGCAAGGUGCAGAUCCGUUCGCUGCCCAGCCUAGAGGACAUUGACCCUGAUGUGCUGGACAGCAUGCACUCGCUGGGCUGCUUCCGGGACCGCAACAAGCUGCUACAGGACCUGCUGUCCGAGGAGGAGAACCAGGAGAAGAUGAUAUACUUCCUCCUCCUGGACCGGAAAGAGAGGUACCCCAGCCACGAAGAUGAGGACCUGCCGCCCAGGAACGAGAUAGACCCUCCCCGGAAGCGCGUGGACUCUCCAAUGCUGAACCGGCAUGGCAAGCGGCGGCCGGAACGCAAGUCCAUGGAGGUGCUCAGUGUGACAGAUGGUGGCUCCCCGGUGCCCGCAAGGCGAGCCAUCGAGAUGGCCCAGCACAGUCAGAGUAAAGCAGUGUUCAGUAAAAGCCUGGAUAUCGCUGAAGCCCAUCCCCAAUUCAGCACAGAAGACAGGUCUCGGUCCAUCAGCGGUGCCUCCUCGGGCCUCUCCACAAGCCCCCUCAGCAGCCCGCGGGUGACCCCUCACCCCUCACCGAGGGGCAGUCCCCUCCCCACCCCCAAGGGGACGCCCGUCCACACGCCAAAGGAGAGUCCAGCCGGCACGCCCAACCCCACGCCGCCAUCCAGCCCCAGUGUCGGAGGGGUGCCUUGGCGCACGCGGCUCAGCUCUAUCAAGAACAGCUUCCUGGGCUCGCCUCGCUUCCACCGCCGGAAGCUGCAAGUUCCGACACCCGAGGAGAUGUCCAACCUGACCCCCGAGUCCUCCCCAGAGCUGGCCAAGAAGUCCUGGUUCGGGAACUUCAUUAACCUGGAGAAGGAGGAGCAGAUCUUUGUGGUCAUCAAGGAUAAGCCCCUGAGCUCCAUCAAGGCCGACAUUGUGCACGCCUUCCUGUCGAUCCCCAGCCUCAGUCACAGCGUCAUCUCCCAGACCAGCUUCCGGGCCGAGUACAAGGCCACGGGCGGCCCGGCCGUGUUCCAGAAGCCCGUCAAGUUCCAGGUGGACAUCACGUACACGGAGGGCGGCGAGGCGCAGAAGGAGAAUGGCAUCUACUCUGUCACCUUCACCCUGCUCUCAGGCCCCAGCCGCCGCUUCAAGAGGGUGGUGGAGACCAUCCAGGCCCAGCUGCUGAGUCCCCACGACCAGCCGCCAGCCCAGCACUUGUCAGACACCACUAACUGUAUGGGAAUGAUGACGGGGCGGCUUUCCAAAUGUGGCAGCCCAUUGAGUAACUUCUUUGACGUAAUUAAACAACUUUUUUCAGACGAGAAGAACGGGCAGGCGGGCCCGGCCCCCAGCGCACCCGCCAGGCGGAGUGCCCACGGCCCCCUCGGUGACCCUGCGGCCACUGGCCCUCGAGGGGACGCCGAGUUCCCGACGGGCAAGGACACGGCCGCGGCCGCCGCGAGCAGCCUUACACACUAGUCCCUCCCGCCGCCCACCGCCCUGUGUGGACCGGGCACCCUGCUGCCGCCGCUGUCUCGGAGCCUGGGAGGAAAGCAGAGCAGCUGGCCAUGGCCUGCGGGCUGGGCCGCUGUGCUCGCUCUCCUCUCUCGAGGUCUCUGUCUCUGCCUGUCUCUGACGGCAUCGCUUGUUUCCACUCUGAUACCAGGAAUUAUCCCGAAAAGCUAACAUGCCACCUCCACGAGGCCAACCUCUGCUCCGCGCGGACACUGGCUGACGAAGGCAGCUGCUGCGGACCCGCCCUCCCUCCUGCCACCGCCUCCGCCCGCCCACCCACAGCAGCCCCGCAUGGCCACACGGAGGGCCUGGCCCCGGGGGAUGCCUCCUCCAGCCCCGCCGCUGGACUGCCAGUGACCAGACCCUGCGCAGGGAUGCCUGCCAGCCGCCUCCCGAGAUGGGGCCCGUGGUGGGCGAAGCCGCAGCGGGGAGCAUCCCUGCCUCAUGCUGCACCGGGAGGCCGCCUCUGCACCUCACGGGGGCCGCCUCCUGUGUCGUCUGCAUCCGUGUCUCCACAGCUGCGCCGGGCUGCUGGCGCCCCUGGCUUUGCUGGCCCUCCUGACAGAGGGACGGACCUGGGCAGCAGAGCUGCUGGGCUGGCCAGGCUGGGGCGGGGCUGACAUCAGUAUUAUUUAUUUGCUGUUUUAAUUUAUUGAGUUCCUUUAUGUCUCCGUUCUCUGUUCAGGGAAGGGAUGGCAGGAGUGCACUCCUGCCGUCCAUCCGUCCAUCUCGGGUAGGGUGGGUCCAGAGCCGAGGGGCCCUCUGAGGACAGAGUCGUCGGGGGGCUGGGGCAGCAAGGGGCCGGCUGGUGGAUGCAGCACCGGCAAGCUACUGUAAACUUCAAAGAAUUCCUGCAAGAUAUUUUUAUAAACUUUUUUUCUUGGUGAUUUUUGGAAAAGGGUGCGGGGGUGGGGGGAGCUGCUGGGCAGGGCUAGGUUUGUUUUGGUUCCUUGCUCCUGGUUAUUUGUACACUCACACACACACACACACACACACACACACACACACACGAACGGUGCAGUGAGCUCUAGCCCAGGCUGUGCCGCUGUGCUGCAGAAGCAGUUCUAGGCUGGGCUCUGACCUGUCGUCCUGUAGGGGGGCGGGCAGGGCACCCAUGAUGGCACUGCCCACUGCUCUCCUGGCUUUGUGUCCAGGAGUGAGGGGUAGGAGGAGGGCCCUGGGCAGCCUCCCUCACACACAGGAUGGUAGUGCACCGCAGGGCUUUUUUUAUUAAAAUGGAAAAAAAAGUUAAAAAAAAUUACCAGACAGACAGAAUUGGUGUGUGCCUCUGUGGAGUGUUCCUGCCGUCCAUAGUGAGGCCGAGCCACCUGUCCACGCCUGCCAGCGGCCAGGUCCGCCCAGGUGCACCCACCUCUGGCUGCUGUGUCCUCCAUCCAGCUGGCACAGGGCAUGGGCAGCGCAGGAGGUCCCAUGCAUGCCUUUGCUGUGAGUGUCCACUGCUUUGGGUGACCCCGCCGCCCCUCAUGUAUAGAUCUUAAUGCUUCUGUUACAUUCAACUCUGCCACAGGCCGGGAUUUCUAUACAUAGAGGUCAGACACCUGUAACAGCAAAGCCACGCAGCACAGGCGGGAAGGGCUCCUCGCGGAGACAGAGGACACCGAAGCAAUACCUCGCGUUAGCCUUCCUCUUUUGUACUUCAGCACAUGGACUCACGCUGAGCCACGGAGUGGACGAGCCCACCCAGUGUACCCUGUCAGAUAGCUGUGAGCGCCUCAGUCCCGGAACAAUAAAUUCCUUCCGCAAAGACAGCC